AUGUCUGCUGGUAGCAGGCAGCGACCAGACAGCACUGACCUCACCGCCUGCGCCGCGCAGCUUGUGCGCGCCAAGAGCAAGCCAGCUGCUCAAUUUGACUUCCUCAUCCUCACCUUGGGCACUUUAGAGUUGCGAUUACAUCAUAUGAAUCAGACGAGAUGUGAUAUCCGCAAAAAUUCCACAAACAUCGGGCCGGUGCAAGACGGGCCCAUGAAGCAGGCUGCUUGGCUGCUGACUGCCCUCGCAGCAGGGGGCCAUGCUGAGCAGCUCGUGGAGUUCCAUGGCCGAGAUGGCGAGAGAGAGCUGCUCAGUGUCACUCCGGAGCGCCCGGAGCGACUUUGCUUACGAACAUUUGAGCAGCCGCCUUUGUAUGCAUGGCCAGUGAUGCAGGUAUACUUGGGGAUACAGCUCAAGAUGACGGAGGAUUCGGGAACAGGGUCUGGGAAUGGACUGCUUGGUUGGCUGUUCCCCGGGCAGACAUCACGACUUCAGCUCGACGUGAAGACACAGCCUCCUGGAAUGUUGUGCCGCAUGGCCGGGUCCUGGCUUCGGAAGUUGAUGCCGGGUGUCUGCAAGGAUUGCAGCAGCAAGUGUCCGGCAAGAUUGCAUCGUCGGGGCGACCAGUUGGCAGUCUUCUUGCCUCCAGCAGGUGGCUGCGUCUACAUUCGCAAGGUGCCGGCAGAUGUCGAGCAGGUUAGUGUCGCGUGGCAUUGGCACUUAGACCUGUCGGUGUUCGCUUUCCUGAUGAUUGGCCUGACUCUCGUCUUGGCAUGGAGACCAUUGUCUGAGAGUUCUGUUUUCCAUGCUGGCCUGGGAGGAAUUGGCUCGCUGUUGCUCAUCGGCAUCAUGGCGGCUUUCUGGAUCUUCAGAAGUGCACGUGGCACAGUUCACGGGACAAUUCCUUUCGGUCGGUCGUUGACGACUCUAGCCGCUGCUGCUUUCGCGUUCAUCCCAGCAGCCCGAAACGUCAUCCUGUCAUGGGCAUGGCGAUGGCUUCCAGCCCCUGAGUGGCGCACCUGGCUGAGCAUGCGAGAUCCCUUCUUCGAGCUGCCUGUCGGUUGGCUCAUUUUCGGGCUGGUGAUGUUGAUCUGCCUUGUACUGGUCCAACUAGGUGCCAACAUGGCCGUCCGUUACUUCGCGUCGGCACCAGAACCGGAAGGUGAAGUUCAGUUCAUCAUCGGGGGCGACGGCCGUCGAGUUGAUCUGCUGCCGCCUGUUCCAGUUUCGCAGAGGAUGCUUGGCUGGGCCAUAUGGCUAUCCGGGCUGGGAUUCUUGCUUUCUGGCACCCAUUCAGAUGCCUGCUCGGUGGUGAUUGUCGCCGUAGUCUUGUUCAAGGAUCACGCACUACACCUCGUGCGCACUGCAAAGAUGUGGAGAGAGGCUGAAGUGCAGCCGAAAGACUUGCAUGACCUCGUGUCAUCAAGUCAGAUGCACGCACAGGCAAAUGCCGCAACCAGGGAUGCGCUGGAGCAGCUGCAGAAGUACCUCAAGGAGCACCCGACAGCGGUGCAAAAAGUCCGAGAGGACACAGAGUUGAGACUCCGUCGCUUCUCUGUUGAUGGGGCGCAUGUUCGGCCACCUUUGGUCCCCGUCACUCUGCCUUCGAGGUCAUCCUGCUCUUUGCAGUGA